AUGCAAUCACCCCACAUGCGAGACACACAUAGUGCGUAUCAGAUGGCGGAUAUGAGUGUGGUCGACCCCAUUACUGCCGUACAGAUCCCAAACUCCCGGGUGGUCCCCUACGACGAAUCACGUCCUACCGGGCUGGGUAUGCUGAACCCUCAGGUUCCAGACCUGUGCAUGUCCGAAACGACGCCACCAAACAUUCCCUGGACAGAUAGCUCGGGCAUUCCGUCGACCGCCUCAGGGAGUGCCUACUCAACGCCGGCAUCUGACAGCUCCAAGUUCCAACAAUCAUCAGCCCGGGCUCAUAACGCAGAGUGGAGCGGACAGAUGCCGUCUUAUACAACAUCCCCAAGCCCCGUCAUCACUGACAAUGGCUAUCCCAUCUCGUUCACUUAUGGAGCUACCCCUCCACAGCUCUAUUCUUCAGUAUACGGGGAUAGCCUGGGAGCCCCAUUUCCUGGCUACGAGCACAGCGCCAACCUUUACAGCCCACAUCAGAUGCUUGACACUGCAGUCCGUAGCAUGUCUCCGCCACAGCUGAUGGUAGGUCAGUCCGCGGAGACUAUGAUCGCGGCGCCGGCUGCAUUGCCUGCGGAUCGUAUGAUGUAUCCUCGCACUUGUAGCCGUGAGCCUGUAGAUGCUCUUGGCCUGUAUACUUUGAUGCCGACAGCUCUGAGCCAUGGAAUUCGAAGCAUGAUUCCGACUUACAUCGAGGUUUACUGGGACAAGGUCCACUCCAUGUACCCCAUCAUCCACAAGCCGACAUUUGAAAACCCGACAAACAUGCCUGAGGAGCAUCUGGAGAUUCUUCAGUGUGCCAUGGCAGCCAUUGCCACUCAAUUCCUUGAGCACGAGGAGCACCGCGCCAAUGGGCACCAGCUGCACACCUAUGCUAUGGACAAGGCAAAGAUUUAUACCAACUCUGCGACCCCAGAAUGGCCACUGCCGAUCAUGCAGGCCACGCUCUUGUGCGAAUACUAUGCUCGUUUCCGGGGAAGGAACAAGAAGGCUUAUCAGCCGUCGCCUCGCUUUGAGGCAUUGUAUCAAAUGGUCAUUCACGCUCAAUCUACUUUCCCGCCGACCCUAGGGCCCUGUGACGCCUCUCAGCAAUGGAGGAUUUGGGUUCAUAUGGAGUCAAAGAGGCGGCUCUUGUCUGCCUGCUUCUUACUCGACGUCCACGCAAUGUCCUUCCUUGAACAGCCUCGUGUCGCGGUACUUGGCCUGGACUAUUCCGACCCCGCGACACUCCCAAUCCCCUUGUCAAUGGGCACGCUGCUCCAAUGGGACGCGCAAAACUACCAAGAAUGGAGCAACGUUAGCCCACCUACCCUGCCGGCGACUGUCGGGACGACGAUUCUCGAGACCAUUUCUGCCGCGGAUAUUGCUUCAAUCCCGGCCUUUGACGCCUCGCUGUUCCUGGUCGCACACGUGUUGCAACUUCCCCAGAGACAAUCCCUCACAAAGAUCAAUCUCUUGGAUGAUGCAUCGAGCAUCAGCCAUUUCAGGAUCAUGAAUCUGUUCCCAUACUCGCCAAUUGCAAUGUCACAUCUCGCUCUCCAUUAUACCCCAUUGCACACAUUGCUAUCAGUGUCUGGUGACAGUUGGGUUUUCAACAAGAAGGUGCUGCAGGCCACCGAUUUCAUGGAACAUCAGAGACAGUUGGAGAAGUGGCGAGACUCUGGUAGCGCUGUUGUUGCGGCUGCCUUUGCUGCCCGGGCUCUCAAACUCUUCCUCGGCCUGCAGAGGUGGGUUAACAAGGACGGAAGCGCCUCGAUUCCGCCUCAGUUCCAGCGCACGCAGCAGAAGGAGAUUUCUGACUUCUGGGGCAUUUACGUGUGCGCUCUCAUCUGCUGGGCGUUCGGACACGUCGGCAUCAGCCGCACCGAAGCCAAGGCGCCGACGCGGAGGGCCGCCAUCCAGUGGAUUUUGAAGAUGUCGGACAUGGAGCCUGGUCGUAUCCAGCAAAUGUCCGAGCAAGAGAAACAGGUCGGCUCCGGCGCCGUCAGUCUCGCACGCGCAUCGCUCGAGAAGGACUGUCUCGGCGGAAGAAACAUUCUGCUUGCCGAUGCUGUUGGUGUUUUGAAGAAACUAGAGGAGGGUGAUAACUAUAGACGAUUUUAA